AUGCGCUCAAGGCACUCACUGCCGUCCGCAGUUGGGGCCGCCGCCCACCGUUUGCCGCUCGAAAGCGGUUCGGUGUGCAAAAUAUUGGUAUUAGGCCGCCCGAUGCGAAACUGUCGGUUGGUCGGCGGAAAUCGCCGCCAUCUGACCCCUCCUCGACAAUUUCCGGGGGCUUUAACGAAUAAACUUCAUAUUUACGAGAACACGAGACCCGCAGACUCUCGGCAAGACGGGGGGACGGUCGGACCCCAAUCACGCGGCACUGCCGCGAGCCAGUCUCCCGGCCCGAUACCAGUCUUCCGGUCGGCAUCAUGCCCUCAGCGCGUUGCGGUUACAGAAAAUCCGUACUCCACAGAAGCAGUCUCGUCGAGAUUUUAUGAUUUCGCAUGCGUUCGACCGGUGGCCCGCGGGCCGGGCUCUGUCCGCGGCAGGUCCAUCCCGGACGGUGACGGGAUAUUCCUGGUCCGCGGGGACUGGGCUGUCCACCCCGCGCGGGCCAGGUCUUAUUUACAGUGCUGUGCCGAGUCCCUCAGUCCUUGGGCCUGGACCGAGGGUACAGUUACCCGGGAGCGCCUUCAAGCCCGUCCGCACCGACUGCCGUUGGCAACAAGUGCGGGUAGCUCAGAGAGACCCCGGCAUAUCAUUAGAUUUGGAUAA